AUGGCAGCACCGCGAAUCCCCAACUUAAACACACUCCGACGAGGCCGAGGCCGAGGUCGUGGAGGUCUUCGUGGAGUCGACGAUAAAGACACGCGCACAACUGGCAAAGACCGCGUCGUGCAGGGCACUGACAAUGACGCCAGUGUCUCUCGUCUCAGCGCCGUCGAGCUGGGAUACCUCGACGAUCCAUAUGCGACAGCCUUGACAGCUCCAGGCAAUGCUACAAGGAGAUUACCGAUCAUCAAUCGAGGAACCUACGUUCGCACCACUGCCAUCGAUCAACUAGUCGCCCAAUUCCUAGGUCCAUAUUCUCCUGAUGCCGCACACAAGAAACAGAUUAUUUCCCUUGGGGCGGGGUCAGACACGCGAGUUUUUCGUCUCCUUGCCUCCCGCCAGCCGUCCGAUCUUGUCUAUCACGAACUCGAUUUCGCUGUUAACACCACGGCGAAGAUCCACGCAAUCCGAUCUACACCCCGGCUACAGAAAGCAUUGGGAAUUGACUCUUCAAGUCAGGAUGUGACUGUGUCAGAGGCGGGCGAUUUCCUCCACUCAUCCUCCUACCAUAUCCACCCUCUCGAUCUACGCUCCCUCUCAAGCAGCACUUCACCAGAGAUCCUUCCUGGUGUCGACACAACACUACCGACGCUGUUGAUCUCUGAAUGCUGUCUUAUAUACCUCUUGCCCACCGAGGCCGUAGAGGUAGUCUCAUUCUUCACAGAGCGACUGUUCCCACCAACCACUCCCCUCGGGUUGAUUUUAUAUGAGCCCAUUCGUCCAGAUGAUGCUUUUGGUCGGACAAUGGUAUCGAACUUGGCGACACGGGGAAUCCAGCUUCAAACUUUGCACAAAUAUGCCACGCUGAAGGCCCAGCGGACUCGGCUACACGAGCAGGGAUUCGUUAGCGGUCAAGCUGUUGCUGAUAUCGAAUUUCUUUGGGAGCGGUGGGUGGGUGAGCAAGAGAAAGAAAGGGUCUCUCGUCUUGAAAUGCUGGAUGAAAUGGAGGAGUGGCAGCUUCUUGCGAGACAUUAUUGUAUUGCGUGGGGAUGGAGAGAUGAUGCUGCGGCUUUCCAGGGAUGGACCAUGCUGCAGGCUCAGCCUGGUGAUGUGUGA